AUGGAUUUUUACAAACUUAACGAGAUUGAAGACUGGGCGUGUAUAAAGGUUGUAAAGUAUUACCGUGCGAACUCGGGACAAAAAACUUGGACAAAAGUACUUGACAAAAUAAAAAAGGAUCUCCAAAUUGUGGCAUCAGACCCAACCUUUGACGCGAGACGCAAAAGAAAAGCUCAGGAAAUUAUAGACAGCUGGAAGAUUUGGACCUCCCCGAUGAAAAGGGAUAGUUCGCAGUACAAUCUUAAGUAUCAGCAGGUGGAGCAACAAGUGCUUGCGACUGGAAAUGCUGUGUCUGUCGAUAAUCGUCGUAUAACCGAAAAACGUCGACAAGAAGAUCACGAUGAUAGAGAGGAAACAUUGGACGAAAGAAAUAAAACUCCAUUGACACAGAAGAAAAAGUGCAAAACUGAAUUCGAAAAAAGAACGAGAAGCGGGAGAGUUGCUGUACCUGAUUAUUGUGAAUUGGUUGAAGAAGCCGAGGAUGAACAGGAAUCUACAGAUCAAGAAAACAUAGAGGAAGCAGAAACUGAGAAGGGGUUAGCAAUCAAUCCUCUUGAAAAUUCCUCUCAAGAAUGUGACAUAACAGGUGUUCUGGGAAACAUUAUUAAAUCCUCAGAUUCAACAAAACAAAUAUUUUUAAUUUAUAAAGAACAAUGCCCCAAUGGCGACUUAAUUGACCUCCGGCUGAAUUCACUCUUUCUUAAAAAACUCCCAAAACAAAUAGCAAUAUCAUAUCUGACAGAGAUGGAUAAUAUGACGGAGUCGUUAGUUCCCGCAAAUGUUCAUGAAUUCCUUGUAAAAUUUUUUUCACAAAAUUUGUCAGCCAAGGAGUGGAAUUACCGAAUCGAUGAUUUAAGAGCACCAGAAAAUGAUGAUUUUAUAUUGAACGCAGUAGUUCGAGUUUUGCGACACAUACAUUACGAAUAUGGUGAGAUCUCGUCAAACAAUCAUAUUAAUCGUAAUCGAGCGGACGGAGUCGGGUUUAUGACGGAUGCCGAUAAAUAUCAGCUUAUAUAUUUGGAAGGCUCCAGACCAGUGGCGAAGGAUGAGAAGAAGAUUGAUGAUGUUAAAAAAAUAACUAAAAAUUUAAGGAAUAUAUUUGCGAAAAUUGUGGAAGAAAGAGUCAAAAGAGGUACUAAUGAUCUGUUACUAAAUUUUAAUUCAGGAACAUAUAGACUAAAUGAGGUCGACAAUGCCAAUCUUCCUCGGAAAUUUUCUGAAAUGAAAUCCUUCGUUUAUUUCUAUGAAUCUGUAUUGAAAUGGGCGUUACUGGUACGCGAUGUUACAGCAUCUUUUGAUAAUGCAAGAGCUGAGCAAAGACCAUCACGGCUUUCAUUUGCGGAUGCUCUUCUUCGACUGGGCGACUGA